CCAGAUUUACAUCCAAAAUACCUUAUUCUCAUUUGAUAAUUUUCCCUGAUUAUAAUAUCAAUAUCAAGUGUGAAACAAAACAAAACAAAACAAAAAAAAAUGACAAUGAAUUUUUCCAAACAAAUUAUCGUUUGUGUAAUAUUUGUAUUCAUUCAAACUAUCGCUGCCCGUGAUAAUGAAUGGACUUGUCGUAAUAGAAAAUGUUAUACAUUAGUACGUAAUCAUCAAGGUGCAUAUUCGGAUAGUGAUCGAUAUUGUGGUCAAUUACGUGGACGUGCAGUGACUAUCUAUUCACAGGAUGAACAAAAAUUUCUUGAAAACUAUCUUCGUAAUAUUCGUUAUGGAAAAAGUGUAUGGAUUGGUGGCAUUCGAGAAAAUACCAAAUUUGCCUGGCGUAAUGAUGAAGUUUUAAUUGAAGGUGAUACCUAUGCUAAUUGGGCUUCCGAACAUCCAACAAUGAAUUUUGCUAAAGCUUGUAUGCAAAUGAAUGGUAUGAAUCAAACCGAACCAGGAAAAUGGGUUGAAAAUUUUUGUUUCGCUUCGAAUGGUAUUCUUUGUGAACGAUUUGAAAAAGAUGAUAAUAACAAUGAUAAUGAUAAUGAUGAUGACGAUGACGACGAUGAUGAUGAUGAUGAUGAUCGUGAAAAUGAUCAUAACAAUAACAACAACAACAAUAAUAAUCAAUGCUGUAAACGACUUGAAAGUGAAAUGAAAAAAAUUCGUGAAAAUAUGGAAAAAAAAUUUAAAAAAAUGGACAAAAUGAACGAUCGUAUGGAUGAUAUGAAUGAUCAAAUGAAAAAAAUAAGUGAACAGAUGAAAGAAUUUUCGGAUAAAAUCAAACGAUUCGAACAUUCAAUGGAAUUAUUGAAUGUUAAAGAUAUUGAACGAAAUUUUACCGGUAUUGCAUCCGUAUUAGAAUAUUAUUCUGAACAAUUACAUACGAUUCGAAAUGAAUUAGAUAAUCGUCCAACAACCGAUGUUGAUUUGAAUAUUAUUAAACGUGAAAUUAUUGAUUAUUUUCAACAACAAUUAGAAGAAAAAAAUCUAAAUGAUAUUGUUAAUGAUAUUAAAUUAUCAUAUGUUAAUUUCCGUCGUGCAUUGAUGGUUAAAAAAGGUGGACGUUGGUCAACACUUGGCUAUGUUUGAAUGGAAUUAUA